GUGAGGGGGCCGGUCCCCUCAGGCGGCGAUACCUCAAUGAGCUACGCGAAGAGACCAAUCGCGGGACAGCCUCGCAGGCCACGUGAUGAGAGACCUGGCGCAAGGAAAGGGGGUUUGGAGACCCCGCAGAGUCGAUGCGUCAGAUGUACGGGGACCCCCUAUGCACCGAACCCAAUACGUUCAUUCCCCAUAUGAUCGUCCUGGUUGGAACCCUCGGUUCUGCAUCAUCUCGGGGAACCAGCUUCUCAUGCUGGAUGAGGACGAGAUACACCCCCUUCUGAUCCGGGACCGGAGGAGCGAGUCCAGUCGCAACAAACUGCUGAGACGCACAGUCUCCGUGCCGGUGGAGGGGCGGCCCCACGGCGAGCAUGAAUACCACUUGGGUCGCUCGAGGAGGAAGAGCGUCCCAGGGGGGAAGCAGUACAGCAUGGAGGCCGCCCCCGCUGCACCCUUUCGGCCCUCGCAAGGCUUUCUGAGCCGGAGGCUAAAAAGCUCCAUCAAACGUACGAAGUCACAACCCAAACUUGACCGGACCAGCAGCUUUCGCCAGAUCCUGCCUCGCUUCCGAAGUGCUGACCAUGACCGGGCCCGGCUGAUGCAGAGCUUUAAGGAGUCGCACUCUCACGAGUCCUUGCUGAGUCCUAGCAGUGCGGCCGAGGCCUUGGAGCUCAACCUGGAUGAAGAUUCCAUUAUCAAGCCAGUGCACAGCUCCAUCCUGGGCCAGGAGUUCUGUUUUGAGGUAACAACAUCAUCAGGAACAAAAUGUUUUGCCUGUCGUUCUGCGGCCGAAAGGGACAAAUGGAUCGAGAAUCUACAGCGGGCAGUAAAACCCAACAAGGACAACAGCCGCCGGGUGGACAACGUGUUGAAGCUGUGGAUCAUAGAGGCACGGGAACUGCCCCCCAAGAAGCGGUACUAUUGCGAGCUCUGCCUGGAUGAUAUGCUGUAUGCACGCACCACCUCCAAGCCCCGCUCGGCCUCGGGGGACACCGUCUUCUGGGGCGAGCACUUCGAGUUCAACAACCUGCCAGCCGUCCGGGCCCUGCGGUUGCACCUGUACCGUGACUCAGACAAAAAGCGCAAGAAGGACAAGGCGGGCUAUGUCGGCCUGGUGACUGUGCCUGUGGCCACCCUGGCUGGGCGCCACUUCACAGAGCAGUGGUACCCCGUGACCCUGCCGACAGGCAGUGGGGGCUCCGGGGGUAUGGGGGGCUCGGGAGGGGGAGGGGGCUCAGGGGGUGGCUCAGGGGGCAAGGGCAAAGGAGGUUGCCCGGCUGUGCGGCUGAAAGCGCGUUACCAGACAAUGAGCAUCCUGCCCAUGGAGCUGUAUAAGGAGUUUGCAGAGUAUGUCACCAACCAUUAUCGGAUGCUGUGUGCGGUGUUGGAACCCGCCCUGAAUGUCAAGGGCAAGGAGGAGGUCGCCAGCGCGCUGGUUCACAUCCUGCAGAGUACGGGAAAGGCCAAGGACUUCCUUUCAGACAUGGCCAUGUCCGAGGUGGACCGGUUCAUGGAACGGGAGCACCUCAUAUUCCGCGAGAACACGCUCGCCACUAAAGCCAUAGAAGAGUACAUGAGACUGAUUGGUCAGAAAUACCUCAAGGAUGCCAUCGGGGAAUUCAUCCGUGCUCUGUAUGAAUCUGAGGAGAACUGUGAGGUGGACCCCAUCAAGUGCACGGCGUCCAGUCUGGCAGAGCACCAGGCCAACCUGCGGAUGUGCUGUGAGUUGGCCCUGUGCAAGGUGGUCAACUCCCAUUGCGUGUUCCCGAGGGAGCUGAAGGAGGUGUUUGCGUCUUGGCGGCUGCGCUGCGCAGAGAGGGGCCGGGAGGACAUCGCAGACCGGCUGAUCAGCGCCUCGCUCUUCCUGCGCUUCCUCUGCCCGGCCAUCAUGUCACCCAGUCUCUUUGGGCUCAUGCAGGAGUACCCAGAUGAGCAGACCUCGCGAACCCUCACCCUCAUCGCCAAGGUCAUCCAGAACCUGGCCAACUUUUCCAAGUUUACCUCAAAGGAGGACUUUCUGGGCUUCAUGAACGAGUUUCUGGAGCUGGAGUGGGGUUCCAUGCAGCAGUUCCUGUACGAGAUCUCCAACCUGGACACACUGACCAAUAGCAGUAGCUUUGAGGGUUACAUCGACCUGGGCCGAGAGCUCUCCACGCUGCACGCCCUGCUCUGGGAGGUGCUGCCCCAGCUCAGCAAGGAAGCCCUCCUGAAGCUGGGCCCACUGCCCCGGCUCCUCAACGACAUCAGCACAGCUCUGAGGAACCCCAACAUCCAACGGCAGCCAAGCCGUCAGAGCGAGCGGCCCCGGCCUCAGCCUGUGGUGCUGCGGGGCCCUUCGGCCGAGAUGCAGGGCUACGUGAUGCGGGACCUCAACAGCUCCAUCGACCUUCAGUCCUUCAUGGCUCGAGGCCUCAACAGCUCUAUGGACAUGGCUCGCCUCCCCUCCCCAACCAAGGAAAAGCCCCCCCCACCGCCGCCUGGUGGGGGGAAAGACCUGUUCUAUGUCAGCCGCCCACCCCUGGCCCGGUCCUCACCUGCGUACUGCACGAGCAGCUCGGACAUCACAGAACCGGAGCAGAAGAUGCUGAGUGUCAACAAGAGCGUCUCCAUGCUGGACCUGCAGGGUGACGGGCCCGGUGGCCGCCUCAACAGCAGCAGUGUGUCCAACCUGGCAGCCGUAGGGGACCUGCUGCACUCGAGCCAGGCCUCCCUGACUGCGGCGUUGGGGCUGCGGCCCGCACCUGCUGGCCGCCUCUCCCAGGGGAGCGGCUCAUCCAUCACGGCGGCCGGCAUGCGUCUCAGCCAGAUGGGCGUCACCACGGACGGUGUCCCUGCCCAGCAACUGCGCAUACCCCUCUCCUUCCAGAAUCCUCUCUUCCACAUGGCUGCUGAUGGGCCAGGCCCCCCAGGGGGCCACGGAGGGGGCGGAGGCCACGGUCCACCCUCCUCCCAUCACCACCAUCACCACCAUCACCACCACCGAGGUGGAGAGCCCCCAGGGGACACCUUCGCCCCAUUCCAUGGCUAUAGCAAGAGCGAAGACCUCUCCUCAGGGGUCCCCAAGCCCCCCGCUGCUUCCAUCCUCCACAGCCACAGCUACAGUGAUGAGUUUGGACCCUCUGGCACUGACUUCACCCGUCGGCAGCUCUCACUCCAGGACAACCUGCAGCACAUGCUGUCUCCUCCCCAGAUCACCAUUGGUCCCCAGAGGCCCGUUCCCCCAGGGCCUGGAGGUGGGAGCGGCGGUGGGGGCAGCGGCGGGGGUGGCGGGGGCCAGCCGCCUCCGUUGCAGAGGGGCAAGUCUCAGCAGUUGACAGUCAGCGCUGCCCAGAAACCCCGGCCGUCCAGCGGGAACCUGUUGCAGUCGCCGGAGCCAAGUUAUGGCCCUGCCCGUCCGCGGCAGCAGAGCCUCAGCAAAGAGGGCAGCAUUGGGGGCAGCGGGGGCAGCGGCGGCGGAGGGGGUGGGGGGCUCAAGCCCUCCAUCACCAAGCAGCAUUCUCAGACGCCAUCCACACUGAACCCCACGAUGCCAGCCUCCGAGCGAACGGUGGCCUGGGUCUCCAACAUGCCUCAUCUGUCAGCUGACAUCGAGAGCGCCCACAUCGAACGGGAAGAGUACAAGCUCAAGGAAUACUCGAAGUCCAUGGACGAGAGCCGGCUGGAUAGGGUGAAGGAGUAUGAGGAGGAGAUCCACUCACUGAAGGAGCGGCUGCACAUGUCCAACCGGAAGCUGGAAGAGUAUGAGCGGAGGCUGCUGUCCCAGGAAGAACAGACCAGCAAAAUCCUGAUGCAGUAUCAGGCCCGGCUGGAACAGAGCGAGAAGAGGCUAAGGCAGCAGCAGGCAGAGAAGGACUCACAGAUCAAGAGCAUCAUUGGCAGGCUGAUGCUGGUGGAGGAGGAGCUGCGCCGGGAGCACCCCGCCAUGGCUGAGCCGCUGCCCGAACCCAAGAAGAGGCUGCUCGACGCUCAGGAGAGGCAGCUUCCCCCCUUGGGUCCAACAAACCCGCGUGUGACGCUGGCCCCACCUUGGAACGGCCUGGCCCCCCCAGCCCCACCUCCCCCACCCCGGCUGCAGAUCACUGAGAACGGCGAGUUCCGAAACACCGCAGACCACUAGCCCACCUUGCAUCACAGACUUCCUUCUCCCUCCCUGUGCACCCCACCUUGGAACGGCACCAACCACCAGGACUGGACGUCGCCGAGGGACAGCGGGAUUGCCUCCCUGAAUGCCUCGCUGGGGGGCACCAGUCCCCCACCCCCACUGCACCAUUUCCAGGAGGGAGAGCAGGGACCCUCAGCUGCUCCCUUUUCCUUCCUGUUGGGGUGCUUCCCCCUGUGACCCCCAGGAACCCUUGCCCCAGGACACCACCUACCCCACACAGACCCCUUCACUCCGGGGUGCUAUCCCCAUCCUCUGCCUCAUCGUUCCCCUGAGCACUGGGGGACAGACCCUCACCCCACCGUGGGGGUGCGGCACCUCCAAACUUUCAACUUCAGGGUGAUUUUUUAGCAGUAACCAGAGCUGACAAUCUAACUCCCCUCCACCGCCCCAUUUUGGCCUCCCCUGUCCCCCUUGUUAUGGGGAGGGGACCCCAGGUGAGGGGGCCCUAUUACCCCUUGAUUUCUCAGGAGCGUCUGGGGGGGCUCAGCACGCACAAACUCCUUCUCCUCCUACCACUCUUAAAUUUACUCCCUCCCCACCCAGAACCCAG